CUGUCUUUUGUGUGGAAGUCACCCGAUCAGCCAGUUGGAGACAUUAAGUUCUUUGUUUCGGUAGUUCAGUCAUACUUUGUUUACUGGGCACGGAUUGAGUCUGCUAUUGUGUCUGGUCACAUGCUGAAGAUGACUUCAGAGACUUCAGAAAUCUCAGAUAUGGAAACAAGUUCGGUUCAUGAAUCAAGAAGUUCUAGCCCAUCUCCUUAUACAGGGAUGCCAUUUUUCAAUCAGUUCAGCUAAGACCAAGCCACCAGAAACUUUGCUCCACACGAUUUCAGGAAAAGGCAAACAUACUCUGUCUGAUGUCCAAUCUAGCAGUACGGCAUCAACAUCUGUGGUGACGUCCACCAGAAAAGUUCCUGCAUCUAUAAAAGACUCAUCUUUUCAAUUUUCUGUAUCAACAGCUCCUCACACUUUAUCAUCACAGAACAGGACAUUAAAUCACAGCACCGGCAGCAGGAACCAGUAUGGUCUUCAAGGACCUUCACCAACCUUGUGUCCUUCUUGUCAAGAUGAAAGUGAGAUGGUGUUUUCUUACAUUAGAUUGUCUUCACCAACAUCCUCUUUGCCUCCUGAUUUACUUUCUGGGUUUCCUAUCUCAGCUUCACCAACCCAAGAUACACAGACGGAUCCCACUGAGUUCACUUUCCAAGAGUCACAAAGCCACUUAUUGCUUCCAUCAACAACAGGAGAGCAAAGACACAAACCCACCAAUGAGGUGGAGGCAAAUUUUUUGCAGCAACCAGAAUCUGCAUCAUCUGGCAAAACUUUUGAGGUUGAGGAAAGUACUUCUCUACUGGUGACAAAGACUGUUCAGGAAACUGGCAUUCAUGGUAAAGGUGGCGAAAAGGGCCAAGGGAUGCAUCUGGCCAUGACACAGCUGGGAAUCCUUCUGGGUUGCUCUGUAGUUCUGGGGAUGUCCCUAGCUGCCGGUCUGCGCUGCAUCCAUGCCCAAUACUGUCAUAAGCGGACAGAAGUGUCCUUUAGCGAACCAGAUGAUAAUGUCAUUACACUGAGGGAAAAUGGGGAAAUGAUGCAUUUCAAAAAGAUCCGA